AUGGUCUCUUACAAGCUUCAAUUCCUCGUCUGGGCGACAGCCUUUGCCGGAGCUCUCGCGGAGGACUUUGAGCCGGGCGAGGACGGCAAGUUCACGAUUUCCAGUGACGGGCUUGUUGCGAAGUUCAUUCCUUACGGCGCUACCCUGACCAACUUGUUCGUCAAGGACAAGAAUGACGAGGAUGUUGAUGUCGUACUCGGCUAUGACGAUCUCUCGCGGUACCCUGACGACCCCGGCCACCCGGUCUACAAUGCUAUUCCUGGCCGCUAUGCCAACCGCAUCGGCCAUGGCGAGUUCACCCUCGACGACGAGACCUACGAGACGGAACAGAAUGACGGCAACAACACCCUCCACAGCGGAACCAACAACUGGUCUUUCCGAGACUGGAACGUGACGGCGGUUUCCGAUGACUCCAUCACUUUCUCUAUCUACGAUGCCGAGGGCGAGUCCAAGGGAUUCCCCGGCGAUGUGUAUGCCAACGUCACGUACAGCGUUGCUGGUAGCACUUGGAAGAUCUCCAUCGAGGCUACGGCACCUACCAAGAGAACUCCACUCCUGCUUACGCAGCACACGUACUUCAACCUUGAUGCCUAUAAGAAUCCCGAAACCGAUCUCAUUUGGGACCACGUUCUGUACCUGCCCUACUCGGCGCGUUACCUCGAGGCUGACCAAGGAGCCCUCCCUACCGGCAAGAUCCUCACCGCCGAGCCCGGCUCCAUCAACGACUUCGCCAGCGCCGCUUCUCUCCCCUUCGGCCACCACAAGGAUGACCCCGCCUUCAAGGGUAACUGUGGCGCCGAUGGAGCCUGCGAAGGCUAUAACGGAUACUGGCUCAUCGAAGAUGCCCCCGAGGAUGCAGUCGUCGCCACCCUUGCUAGCGCCUUCUCCGGCAUUAAGGCAGAGCUCAAGACUGACCAGCCAGGUGUUGUCAUUUACUCCUGCUCGUGGAUGGGUGGUGAUCAAGAGUUGAAGAAUAGCACCCAGGGCAUCGAGGGGAGGACCAAGGUGGAAAAGAGCUCUUGCGUUGCCAUCGAGGCCCAGGAUUACCCUGAUGGUAUCAACCACCCUGAGUGGGAUAGACUUGAUGCCCAGAUCACGGGCCCUGACGAGCUUUACACUUGGGAGAGCUCGUGGACUUUCGGCCUGCUAGGGGACGACUCGGCUGGCGAGGGCGAGGGCGAGGGCGAGAAAGACGCCUGUGAGGAGGAGGAGGAGGAGGAGGAGGAGGAGGAGGAACCUGUAAAGGAGGAGCCGCCUGCGGAAGAAGAGGAAGCUCCUGAGGAAGAAGCUCCUGAGGAAGAAGCCCCUGAGGAGGAGGCACCCGAGGAGGAAGCACGUGAGGAAGAGGCACCUGAAGAGGAAGCUCCUGAAGAGGAGGCGCCCGAGGAGGAAGAAGAGCCCUGA